UUGGCCAAUCGCCGCGCGAUAGCACUGCCUGUGAUUGGCCUCAAAGUCACCGCUUUUUUAAGCGUUAAAUAAGUUUUAAUUAACUUUUUUUGACACAAAUUUGUCGUUAAUUCGUGUGUUUUUGUGACACAAAAGUGACCGAAAAAUGUUGAAAAUUAUCCGCAAAAGUAGUUUGAAAUCACUUUUAGAUAUAAAUGGACCGAAAGUGGGCCACAAGUCGGUGAUAAACCACGCGGUGAACGGCAUGCGCGCUGCGAGUGUCGGCGCGAUCCGGAGCAUGUGGUCCGAGAGCGCCGGUAGACCUCGUGUGCAAACCCCCGUCACCACUGGUGCCACUGAUGGCCGCACAGCCCCUCCGGGGGCGCCGGGAGGCGACCAGUUUGAGGAGAGACCACAGUUUCCCGGCUCGCGGUCCGAGUGGACACAAGAGUUGCGUUUCGUUGAUCCCAACAGUUAUGACGGCAUUCCUGUGUAUCGGGUCAUCGAUAAGAGUGGGGAGACAUCGGUGCACGACUUGCAGCUGUUGGACACCCGGCUGGACAGGGAUCUACUCAUCAGAUUGUAUCGCGGAAUGGUACGUCUGAACCAAAUGGACACAAUCCUCUACAACGCCCAAAGACAGGGCCGGAUCUCCUUCUAUAUCACAUCCCAUGGCGAAGAGGCCACACAUUUCGGACCCGCGGCCGCUCUCGACUUCCAGGACCUCGUAUACGGCCAGUACAGAGAGCCAGGUGUGCUCAUAUGGCGCGGCUUCAAACCGGACGACUUCGUGGACCAGUGUUUCGGCAAUCGUAACGAUUUGGGGAAAGGGAGGCAAAUGCCGAUUCAUUACGGCUCCCGCGCCCUCAACUACAUGACCAUUAAGUCGACGCUGACCUCGCAAAUGGUGCACAGCGUGGGCUCGGCCUACGCCUACAAACGCCAACAAAACGGCCGGUGCGUGUUGUGCUACUUUGGCGACGGCGCCGCCUCCGAGGGUGACGCCCACGCGGCCCUCAACUUCGCCGCCACUCUCGACGCGCCCGUCAUUUUCUACUGUCGUAAUAACGGUUUCGCGAUCUCGACGCCAACCCACGAGCAAUACCGGGGCGACGGCAUCGCGGCCAGAGGUCCGGCGCUGGGCAUACCUACCGUACGCAUCGACGGCAACGACGUGUUGGCCAACUUCAUGGCCACCGCUGAGGCGCGACGUAUAUGCCUGGAGGAGAGCCGUCCGGUGCUCAUCGAAGCCAUGACAUACCGGGUGUCGCACCACUCGACGUCGGACGACUCGACCGCCUACCGGAGCGUCGAUGAGGUGCGCAAUUGGACCCAAAACGAUCACCCGAUCGUACGGCUCAAGAAGUUGCUGCUGAAGAGGAACUGGUUCUCUGAGGAUGAGGAGCAGCGAUACAAAGAGGAGGCGCGCAAAGAAAUUAUGGCCGCUGUGGUGAGGGCCGAGAAAGUGAUGAAACCGUCGGUGGAGUCCAUGUUUACCGAUGUUUAUGAGGAACUGCCCGACCAUUUGCGCGAUCAGUACCGCGAGUUGUGUGAACACGUUGAGGCCUAUCGCGAACACUAUCCGAUGGGUCUGUUCGAUAGCGCCGACAGUCGCGAGAAGUAG